UGGCAGGAGCGAGGUGGUGAAAAGGCUGUGUCGCUCUCGCUCUCGGGGGCGGAAGGCGCCCAGCGGCCUGGGAGGCAGAUGCAGGCAGGCGUUGUGACAGCCAGGUCUGGAAGCUUCUGCCGUCUCCCCUCCUUGGCCCCCCAGAGUGCAUGCCGAGGCUGCUAUAGGGAGUCUUCCUGUGGGACUCUGCCCGUUGACAACUCCGAGAUCUGGCCACCAUGCCGCGCAGUCCCACGUCCAGCGAGGAUGAGAUGGCCCAGAGCUUCUCAGACUACUCCGUGGGCUCAGAGUCAGACAGCUCCAAAGAAGAGACCAUCUAUGACACCAUCCGGGCCACAUCAGGGAAGCCAGGUGGUACAAGGAUGGAGGAGAGCCAGAGCAACACGCUGGUGAUCCGUGUCAUCAUCCAAGAUCUGCAGCAGACGAAAUGCAUUCGCUUUAACCCUGACGCCACCGUGUGGGUUGCCAAGCAGCAGAUCUUGUGUACUCUGAACCAGGGGCUGAAGGAUGUCCUCAACUACGGGCUCUUCCAGCCAGCCAGCAACGGGCGCGACGGCAAGUUCCUGGAUGAGGAGCGGCUGCUGCGCGAGUACCCUCAGCCCGUGGGCCCGGGUGUGCCCUCCCUUGAGUUCCGCUACAAGAAGCGAGUAUAUAAGCAGACCAGCCUGGACGAGAAGCAGCUGGCCAAGCUCCACACGAAGGCUAACCUGAAGAAGUUCAUAGAUCAUACACAGCACCGCUCCUUGGAGAAGCUAGUUAAGCUGCUGGAUCGAGGCCUGGAUCCCAAUUUCCACGAUCUGGACACUGGAGAGACACCUCUGACCCUGGCCGCCCAGCUGGACGACUCCAUGGAGCUCAUCAAAGCUCUCAGAAACGGCGGGGCACACCUGGACUUCCGUGCCAGGGAUGGGAUGACCGCCCUCCACAAGGCUGCCCGGGCGAGGAACCAGGUGGCCCUGAAGACCCUGCUAGAGCUUGGCGCCUCCCCAGAUUAUAAGGACAGCUAUGGCCUCACGCCGCUGUAUCAUACGGCCAUCGUUGGGGGUGACCCUUACUGCUGUGAGCUCCUCCUUCAUGAGCAUGCCUCUGUGUGCUGCAAGGAUGAGAACGGCUGGCAUGAGAUACACCAGGCCUGCAGGUACGGACACGUGCAACACCUGGAACACCUGCUGUUCUACGGCGCAGACAUGGGCGCCCAGAAUGCCUCGGGGAACACAGCCCUGCACAUCUGUGCCCUCUACAACCAGGAGAGCUGUGCGCGAGUGCUGCUGUUUCGGGGUGGAGAUAAGGAAUUAAAGAACUACAACAGCCAGACGCCGUUUCAGGUGGCGAUCAUAGCGGGCAACUUUGAACUUGCCGAAUACAUCAAGAACCACAAGGAAACUGACAUCGUGCCCUUCCGAGAGGCCCCAGCUUACUCCAACCGCAGGCGGCGGCCCCCCAAUACACUAGCUGCCCCCCGGGUCCUGCUGCGCUCCAAUAGUGACAACAACCUCCACGCCGGUGCCCCCGAAUGGACCGUCUGUUCUGCAGCCACCUCCCACCGCAGUCUCUCGCCCCAGCUGCUGCAGCAGCAGGUGCCCAGCAAGCCCGAUGGAGCCACGAAGAGCCUCGGGAGCUACACCCCCGGGCCCCGCAGCCGCUCCCCCUCACUCAACAGGCUGGCAGGUGCCGGAGAAGAUGGCAAGAGGACCCAGCCUCAUUGGCACGUGGGGUCGCCUUUCACUCCCGGUGCCAACAAGGACUCCCUCUCCACCUUCGAGUACCCAGGGCCCAAGAGGAAGCUGUACAGUGCCGUGCCCGGGAGGCUCUUCGUCGUCGUCAAGCCAUACCAACCCCAAGUCGACGGCGAGAUUCCCCUUCACCGUGGUGACAGGGUCAAAGUUCUGAGCAUCGGUGAGGGCGGCUUCUGGGAAGGCAGUGCCCGUGGCCACAUCGGGUGGUUCCCGGCAGAGUGCGUGGAGGAGGUCCAGUGCAAGCCCCGGGACAGCCAGGCAGAGACCCGCGCAGACCGCAGCAAGAAGCUCUUCCGGCAUUACACAGUGGGCUCCUACGACAGCUUCGAUGCGUCCAGUGACUGCAUUAUUGAGGACAAGACAGUGGUCCUGCAGAAGAAAGACAAUGAGGGCUUCGGAUUUGUGCUCCGAGGGGCAAAAGCUGAUACACCCAUUGAGGAGUUCACACCCACGCCGGCCUUCCCGGCCCUGCAGUACCUGGAGUCUGUGGAUGAAGGCGGGGUGGCAUGGCAGGCAGGACUGAGGACCGGGGACUUCUUGAUUGAGGUUAACAAUGAGAACGUGGUCAAAGUCGGACACAGACAGGUGGUGAACAUGAUCCGCCAGGGAGGGAAUCACCUUGUCCUUAAAGUCGUCACGGUGACCAGGAAUCUAGACCCUGAUGACACCGCGAGGAAAAAAGCUCCCCCGCCUCCAAAGCGGGCACCGACCACAGCCCUCACCCUGCGUUCCAAGUCCAUGACCGCGGAGCUGGAGGAGCUCGGCCUCUCACUAGUGGAUAAAGCCUCUGUCCGGAAGAAGAAGGAUAAACCAGAGGAGAUAGUCCCGGCCUCCAAGCCCUCCCGGACUAUUGAGAAUGUGGCCGUGGAGUCAAGGGUGGCGACCAUCAAGCAGCGACCCACCAGCCGCUGCUUCCCGGCAGUCUCGGACAUGAAUUCUGUGUACGAGCGCCAAGGGAUUGCUGUGAUGACACCCACAGUUCCUGGGAGCCCGAAGGGCCCGUUUCUGGGCCUCCCCCGAGGUACGAUGAGAAGGCAGAAAUCGAUAGACAGCAGAAUCUUUCUAUCAGGAAUAACGGAGGAAGAGCGGCAGUUUCUGGCCCCUCCCAUGCUGAAGUUCACCAGAAGCCUGUCCAUGCCGGACACCUCUGAGGAUAUCCCCCCUCCACCACAGUCUGUACCCCCAUCUCCCCCGCCUCCUUCCCCCACCACCUACAACUGCCCCAAGUCCCCGACUCCGAGAGUCUACGGGACAAUUAAACCUGCAUUCAAUCAAAAUCCUGCCGCCAAGGUGUCCCCAGCUACCAGGUCCGACACGGUGGCCACCAUGAUGAGGGAGAAAGGUAUGUUCUACCGGAGAGAGCUGGAUCGCUUCUCCUUGGACUCGGAAGACAUCUACAGCCGCAACGCCGCCCCGCAGGCUGCCUUCCGCACCAAGCGGGGCCAGAUGCCCGAGAACCCUUACUCAGAGGUGGGGAAGAUCGCCAGCAAAGCCGUCUAUGUCCCGGCCAAACCGGCCAGGCGGAAGGGCAUGCUGGUGAAACAGUCCAACGUGGAGGACAGCCCCGAGAAGACGUGCUCCAUACCCAUCCCCACCAUCAUCGUCAAGGAGCCCUCCACCAGCAGCAGCGGCAAAAGCAGCCAGGGCAGCAGUGUGGAGAUCGACCCCCAGGCCACCGAGCCCGGCCAGCUGCGGCCUGACGACAGCCUCACCGUCAGCAGCCCCUUCGCCGCGGCCAUCGCGGGAGCCGUGCGUGACCGGGAGAAGCGUCUGGAAGCCAGGAGGAACUCUCCAGCCUUCCUCUCCACAGACCUGGGCGAUGAGGAUGUGGGUCUGGGGCCCCCCGCCCCCCGCGUGCGGUCCUCCAAGUUCCCCGAGGAGGGUGGGUUCAGCGAUGAGGACGGCACCGAACAGCCACUGUCACCUACUCCGGGGGCAAUGCCCAGGGAGCCGGAGAACCACUUCGUGGGUGGUGGCGAGGCUGGUGCUCAGGGGGAGGCCGGGAGGCCCCUGAAUUCCACAUCCAAAGCCAAGGGGCCUGAGAAGAGCAGCAGCCCAGCCAUCCCCGAGAAUUACGUCCACCCGCUCACCGGGCGGCUGCUCGACCCCAGCUCCCCACUGGCCCUGGCGCUCUCCGCCAGGGACCGAGCCAUGCAGGAGUCCCAGCAGGGGCCCAAGGGCGAGGCCCCGAAGGCUGACCUCAACAAACCUCUCUACAUUGAUACCAAAAUGCGGCCCAGCGUGGAGUCCAGCUUCCCCUCGGUCACCAGGCAGAACACCAGGGGCCCCCUGCGACGGCAGGAGACGGAGAACAAGUAUGAGACGGACCUGGGCAAGGACCGGAGAGGCGAGGAGAAGAAGAACAUGCUGAUCAACAUCGUGGACACGGCGCAGCAGAAGUCAGCGGGCCUGCUGAUGGUGCACACGGUGGACGUCGCCAAGGCAGGGCCCCCCCUGGAGGAAGAGGAGGAGAGAGAGGGCGUCGACAUGAAGCCAGACCGCUCACCCUCCACAGUGCCAGAAGGCGUUUCUGAAACCGAAGGUGCUUUACAGAUCUCCGCUGCCCCGGAGCCCACUGCCACGCCCGGCAGGACCAUUGUGGCGGCCGGCUCCAUGGAUGAGGCGGUGAUUUUGCCAUUCCGUAUCCCCCCUCCCCCUCUGGCAUCCGUGGACUUGGAUGAGGAUUUUAUUUUUACAGAGCCAUUGCCUCCUCCCCUGGAAUUUGCAAAUAGUUUUGAUAUCCCCGAUGACCGUGCUGCUUCCGUCCCUGCUCUCGCUGACCUGGUCAAGCAGAAGAAAAACGAUGUCCCUCAGCCCCCUUCCUUGAACUCCAGCCAGCCAGCCAACUCUGUAGACAGCAAGAAGCCAACUGGCCUUUCAAACUGUCUGCCCGCCUCAUUCCUGCCACCCCCUGAGAGCUUUGACGCUGUCACCGACUCUGGGAUCGAGGAGGUAGACAGCCGGAGUAGCAGCGACCACCAUCUCGAGACGACCAGCACCAUCUCCACGGUGUCCAGCAUCUCCACCCUGUCCUCCGAGGGCGGGGAGAGCAUGGACACCUGCACAGUCUAUGCAGACGGGCAGGCAUUUGUGGUUGACAAGCCCCCAGUACCUCCGAAGCCAAAAGUGAAGCCCAUCAUCCACAAAAGCAACGCGCUCUACCAAGACGCCCUCCCGGAAGAGGACACCGAUGGCUUUGUGAUCCCCCCGCCCGCGCCCCCGCCCCCGCCAGGCAGUGCCCAGGCUGGCAUGGCCAAGGUCAUCCAGCCAAGGACCUCCAAGCUGUGGGGUGAUGUCACGGAGGUCAAAAGCCCUAUCCUCUCAGGCCCAAAGGCAAAUGUCAUUAGUGAAUUGAACUCCAUCCUGCAGCAAAUGAACCGGGAGAAGUCAGCCAAGCCCGGGGAAGGACUGGAGUCCCUGGCAGGAGCCAAGUCAGCCAGCCUCGCUCCAAGAAGCCCGGAGGUCAUGAGCACCGUCUCAGGUACAAGGAGCACGACAGUCACCUUCACUGUCCGCCCUGGCACCUCCCAGCCUAUCACCCUGCAGAGCCGGCCCCCCGACUAUGAAAGUAGGACCUCAGGAACAAGACGUGCCCCGAGCCCUGUGGUCUCGCCCACAGAGAUGAGCAAAGAGAUUCUGUCCACUUCUCUGUCUGCUGCGGUUGCCGCCGCCUCUCCCUCCCCGACACUCUCAGAUGUCUUUAGCCUUCCAAGCCAGUCCCCUGCAGGGGAACUCUUUGGCUUGAACCCAGCGGGACGCAGCAGGUCACCGUCCCCUUCGAUACUUCAACAGCCAAUCUCAAAUAAGCCUUUUACAACUAAACCUGUCCACCUUUGGACUAAACCCGAUGUGGCAGAUUGGCUGGAGAGUCUGAACUUGGGUGAACACAAAGAGACCUUCAUGGACAACGAGAUCGAUGGCAGUCACCUACCAAACCUCCAGAAGGAAGACCUCAUAGAUCUUGGGGUGACGCGAGUGGGACACAGAAUGAACAUAGAAAGGGCUUUGAAACAGCUGCUGGACAGAUAAGGAUGGCUGCCGCUGACCUUCACAGACUUCUUGUUAUAAGUAGAGAUGGGCUUACGCUGAAAUAUUUGGUGGCCGAGCAGAGUCUGUGAGCACCCAUCCCGUCCCAUGGGUUUUGUCUCCUGGUACCCAAAGAAAUGCUGCCGGUGUCCGCGGUGUGCCGAGCCGAGGCUUGCCCUUCGUGCGGGUCCCUUGGGCGGCUUCUGUCCAGCGGGGCUGGGGAAGGGGUGGGAGGGGGCUCUCUAUCUUGGAAAGAAGAGUCCCCACCUGCCUCCAGCAUGCAGGUGACCUCGUGUUUUGCCGGGUCCCCAGAGGCUCCCGCUGAUUGUGCAUGGGACCCUGCUGUCACGGGCAGACGCCACUGUAGCCAGAUACCUCCUGAGACCUCCCUCCUCUGCUGCCUGGGCAGCUCUCACCCCCACCCCUCGGCCCCCGCGGCACAUGGCCUUUCCUCGGGCCCGUGUUCUCUGGGAGGGCGCGAGAUGCCCGCUCUCUUGCUCUUGUCCCUCCGUUGUGCUCGGCUUACAGUGACACGCUCGCAGGUGGGCUCGUCCAGAGCCCUUCGUGGUCCCGAAAGGUAGAAAAACACCUUCACGUCGGCCUCUUUGCCCUGUUCCUCCUGCAGUGGGCACCGUGCUUCUCCGGCCGCGGGGUUCUUGCCCAUGGGGUGUGGCGGGCGGCGUUUGAGUGGGAUCGUGCCCGGCGAGCUCUGCUUCGCUUGCUUGCUUUCAUUUCUGCAAAUUGAAAAGCAUGAUUCCAAGGUGGCCAAACCAGCGUCACACGGAGUUAGUCAAAGCACAAAGUCACGGUCCCGAAGGCAAGGGGAGGCCUGGCCACGGAAUCAGCCAGUGUGCGGCUGCCUGAGCCCACGGCCUCCCCUGGGUCAAGAGCAUUCGGCUGCCGGGAGGAUCUGCCCAGGAGGGAGGGGGAGAGGCUCUCUCUCUGCCUCUCAAAAUUUCUUUUAAUUAGAGGUUCUUUGAGCAGAGCAGAUGAGUGUCCACUGUGACGUGAAGGUUAAGAAAACCCCCGUGGCUUGCGGUUAGCAGGUGUCUCUGCAGGGGAGCCACAGCCUUUCGCCCGAGUCUGGCUGAGGCCAUGCAUCCUGCUGAAAUGACCCUUUGGCUGUCAGAAGCCAGGGAAGGUGGGACAUGGGGGCCUUUCCCCCCUUCUCUCGGGUGUCCAGGAAUCCCACCAGCUUGUCUUAACACAACAACAGGGUCUCGGAGGAUCCCACAAUCAGGGAGUGUGGACAGGAUCCAGGCGGAAAACAGGAGGAGGAAUGUGGGUGAUGUACGGAUGGGCGUGACAUAAAAGGCAGGAAUGCAGCCUCACCUCUGGCCCCCAGAGUCCCUCCCUCUUGAAGCGAUACCUCUAAUGCCCAAGGGAGGUCACCCACUGCGCUCGGGACCCGCCAUGCUUCCGCAUGCGUUCCCACAUUCGAAGGAGAUGAGACUGUCACGCGUUUGGUUUUAUUAUUAUUUCAGAGUAGGCCAGCCCAUCUCUAAUUAUAAAACAUCUUUUUAUUUUCCUUUUUUUCUUUAUGCUCAUGACCAUGUGUCUGAUGAGGUCUGGGACAACUCUAGAGUGAACACAUAAAAUUUAGCAAUUAAAAAAAAAUCUUUCUUUACUGCAAGUUUAAAUAGGUGUACAGAUAGUUAGUUCAUAAGCACAAUAUUUUAAGGAAAAACAAGUGGGUGGUCUACCAGGCAGCCUUUGUACUUCAGUGCUAGAAAGUUAAAGAAAACAAAAACUUUUGUGAUCUAAUGAUACGAUUUCUGUGGGAUAAUCAUACACGUCUGACCUUUUUAAAACCAACCUUAUGCGGACGCAUCCAGGCCACACAGCAGAGCUGUGUUCUCUUUUCUAUCUGCUCUUAAAACUUUGUUGUCGAAGGACGAUUAUUUCUUCAAAAAAAAAAUGGUUAUAAUUCAUGGAAGAGCAGUUUCUCCAAAAACAAAACUAACGUGCGCGUGAGCACACACACACCCACACCCACACGCACGCACCCCACGCCUUGAUUUAGAAAAGCAGUCUCUGAAUCUUAUUCAGUCCCCAAACCUUCCACAGGUCAAUCUCGAUGCUCGAGUCAUGUGAUCAACUGGCCGUCCAGUGAAGGUGAAGGCAGGCCCCUUGUUCUGUGCUCUUUCGGUUUUCCACUGCGGGGUGAGUGGAUAAAUAUUGCUCCAGAAAAUUCCCAAAUGAAGACGCCCCAGGCAGCCUGCGCAGGCCGCCCCGGUAUUUCAGAAAGCGUGACGAAGUGUUUCUACUAUUAAUCUGUCUUCCAUCGGGUGGCUCUUCAAAAUUCGCUUAGUGGGCCGCCUCCCCGGGCUCCUUUGCUUUGCUUCUGGCUGACGUGACCUCUGCUGAGGGCCAGGCAGAUGCUAGACAGGAGAGCUGGGGGCUUCUGGUCCGCGGAACAUAGGCAGCCAGUUGGCCACAGGCCCACUUACUCCCAUUCUUAGAGAUACUUCAAGCCACAUGCCACUAACUAGAAGCAAGGUGACCCGAACCUCGGGAGCGGAUAGGCUGUUCUUCGCACUGUCUGGUUGGACCUGUCAGAACCCACAUGGACCAACCAAACACGCACGUGUUGCCAAGACGGCGGGGUCAUCUGGCUCUACCCGUUGAUUUUUGCUAAGAAAGCAAUAGUCCCUCUUUCAAAUUGCCGCCCACUGUUCUCCCCCUUUGGGACACGUCAGGACCAGGCCCUAUCCCAGGACCCUCUUUAAUGGUGGAACAAAUGUUAAACUGCUCAUAUAAUGAUCAUGUUAAUAUUAUUCAAGGUUUUAAGAUCAACUUUUGUUAUAUACUGUAAUUUAAAUAAACUGCAUUUACAUGCCUAGUUUCUGUAAUAUUGUGUAUACAAACCAAAAUCUCUCAAGCUGUAAAUGUGUAUUCCUGCCAGGAUUCCUGCUCCAGGGUGCCCUGUGCAUUUUAGGUUAAUUCAUACGAUAUAAAAAUGACGCAGUGUGACUGUUGAUUUGCUGAACUUUACAUAAUAAUUAUUUGUGAUACUUUAGUUAAUAAAACGGUGACUUUUUCUGAGUUAUUGAACAAGCAGACAUGAUCCAGUUGAUCUGGCGAUAACUCUUUUUGUGUGUGAGCCACAAAUAUUGAUUUUUUUUCUCUCAUUAACGGUUUUGGUUUUUUAAAAAUACGGAUACAUUUCACACUCUAGUCUGUGUAAACCACAUAUGUUCGCAUUAUCUAUGUUGCUGUCACUUUUGUGCUGUUAUUCUUUUUAGACUUUAUUAAAAAAAAAAAGAAGAACAAAAAAAAAAAAA